UGUACUAUCAGUGCACACGAUUCAGUUGUAAAAAGCAUUGUUUUAAAUUAAUUAUUUGUUUUAGUUAUAUUCAUAAGAAUAUUUUCAAUGAUUUAAUUGCUUCAAUUAUUUUAUAAUUAAAAUAAUUUACAUUUAUUUAAUCAUUUAUUGUAUGUAGUUUUUUAAGGGACACUGCUUUAAGAGUUUAACCCCGUUGUUUCUUUAUAUAAUGUGCAUUGGAUUUCUUAGCUGCAUAAUUGUAACAGUGCUGUUAUUUCGAAUCAGAAUUUCUCAGAGGAUGACUCCACUACUUGCAUCACAUAAAAUGAAAAACCAGGCCCACCAUCCCCUGUGAGAGUCUCAGUAACCUGAUUAGCCAGCCUGUCAGUAAUAAUAAGGCCAGGUCUUGGAUCUAGGACCCAUCGCUGUGUCAGCUAGUGUGAGAUGACAAGAAAGACUGGGAGAACUAUAACCACAACAGGAGACCAAGGAGUAAAGAGGAUUCGUGUCCAGACCGCCAGACAGACCCCUGCUUUGCUGCUUCCAGACAGAAAAACCCACAACGCCAAGCCAGGAAUGUCCAAUCUCGCAGCAGACGCUCAGGCCCGUCCAGACCAGUUUGAGAGUGAUGGGCCGUCUGAACCAUCACCGCAGGCUUCGAGGAAGCCACCUGGGCAUCUGAAGUUGGCACGCAGCUUUUCUAAAUCAGACUCCGACCUGCUGGCUUCCCCUCAUUGUGAGGACGACGGGCCUGUUGGUGGCCGGAGCGAAUCCCUGUCCAACUGUGCUGCUGAGAGGAAGGAAAUGGAGCAGAUGCCAUCGUUUGCCUCCGAAUGGGACGAGAUUGAGAAGAUCAUGAGUCUUAUUGCUGACAUCGAGAUGUCCAAGGAGCAUCAACCUGCAUCGGAAGAUGCAGCUGGGAGCCGGGUGCUGGAGCAGUCAGUGGGGGAGUGGCUGGAACACUUGGGCUUUCCUCAGUACGAGAGCAAACUGGUGCUCAAUGGCUUCGAUGACCUGCGCUACAUGGGGAGUAAUGUGAUGGAAGAUCAGGACCUUCAGGGAAUUGGCAUCACCGACCCAGGCCACAGAAAGAAAAUCCUUCAUGCAGCAAAAAGCCUCCCAAAGGUGAAAGCUCUGGGGUGUGACGGCAGCACCUCUCUGUCCUCAUGGCUGGAAACUCUGGGUCUUGGAGAGUAUCUGCACAACUUCCUGUCUAGCGGCUACCGAACCCUGGACUGCGUUAAGAACCUGUGGGAACUCGAAAUUGUUAAUGUGUUGAAAAUUGGCCUUCUUGGUCACAGAAAAAGAAUCAUAGCCUCGAUAUCAGAGCGACCGUAUGAGGAAGCACCUUCGAAAUCCAACCGCUUUUCCCAACUCAAGAUUCAGGACCUGUUGUCUCAAAAUACAUCACCGCUCAGUUAUAUGGAUCCGUACACCAGUCGCUCCAUGGAUAUGCUGCUUCCAUUGGGAGAAUCAGGCAGAAAGAGUCGAGCGUUGGAUCAGGAUGGCAGUAUUUCCCUUCGCUCCUUCGGUGAAAGAUCACGCUCACAUGACCGUCGUGCAGAUCGACAUUCGCGUCUAAAUAUUCGCCCUUCCAGCCACUCCGCCACAUAUACCACAGUCUCCACCUGGCAUCAUCACCCUGACAAACUUAUCACCGAGUCCUGCGUUUAUGAGGCCAGAUAUUUAGGUUCUGUGAUCAUCCGAGACCUACGAGGAAUUGAAUCUACACAGGAGGCCUGCGCUAGAAUAAGAAAAUCAAAGGAUCACAGGAAAGGUCCCGUCAUAAUACUAAACAUCACCUACAAAGGAGUCAAGUUUGUUGACGCAGCCACCAAGGCAAUGGUUGCAGAGCAUGAGAUCCAGAACAUCUCCUGUGCAGCCCAGGAUCCGGACGACCUUUGCACAUUUGCAUACAUCACAAAAGAUCUGAAGUCUGGUUAUCACUUCUGCCAUGUCUUCACUACAGUAGGAGUGACACAGACCUAUGAGAUCAUCCUGACGCUGGGACAGGCGUUUGAGGUGGCAUAUCAGAUGGCACUCCAGGCACAGAAAGCCCGUCGUCACAGUUCGUAUGCUGGUCCAGCCUCCGAAAACAUAGAAACCAAGACCAACAGGCCCACCUCGCAGUCCCGCAAUAGCAUGCGCCGCUCCACCGGUGCACCUGUGCUUGAAUGCCGCUGCUGUUACUGUCACACGUGCUCCGCCCACCGCUCCUCCUACCUCCCGCUGCCCUCUAUCAGCCCUGGAGUUCAGAUCGACCCUCUGGAGCCAGAAAUGGACCUGCAGUCCCUGGGCAGCACCAGUUGGCUCUACGAACCGAGGGAGUCCUCCAGGCCUUCGAGUAGCACCAAGUAUGAGACCACCAUAUUUUGAAGCAGGGCACGGCCCUUGUCCAAUCCCGCCUGCUGCCCCAUAUCAACCCCACGCCCCAUAAACUCGAGUGCCCCGUGCCUUCUCACUGUGAUUUGUAGCCUUCCUCAGGGCAAGACUACUUCCCACUCCAGUCCCGACCCCGGCCCUUGCCUGCAUUGCCCUCUCGGAGAGCCGUACACCUCCACCUUCCUUUUUUGUCGUCUUGACCAAUGAGCGCUUUCUGGAAUCCUUGGAUUUGCCGUAUAACCAGCCUCUUCAAACUCUGGUCCGAAAUCGCCUCUUGAAAGCUUCCCUAUUUUAUACAUUAUGCUGAAUGUUUACGGUUCGGUCCCUCGUGUCAGAGGGUUCUCUAUCACAAAACCUCCAAACUUGACACUUGUAGCAUUUGUACAUCUCCUCAUCCGGACGGACAUGUUGGCGGAACAUUAUUAGAAAUUAGUAGCCCAACGAGCUCUCUGACUGCAACAGCAAUACUAGUACUGUUUUUCAAGUUUACGUACAUUCACGGUCAUGAAUGCAACAUAACUAAUCUUCCCAUCAGCGCUCCUCGAACCUUGUAGCACUAGAUCACUUUUUUUCCCUGUAGUUGGACCCACGUCCCCCCCCCCCCCACCCCCUGCAGUUCUUCAGUUUUUCAAAAGAGUUGGGUCUGUAAUCUCGAUUCACAUCCAGUGCUUCCUUUUGUCUUACCAGGCAUCUGCAGCUCUGAGGCCCUCGGAAGAAAGACUAUGCCUGUUUAGAGAGUGUUUAGAGGUUUGGAUUUGAAAUGCAAUACAGUUUAACUGGGAAGAGUAGAAUACAGCCCCAAGAAAGUGGAAUAACCAAGACAACAUUCCUGUUCUGUUUUCUGGUUGGAAUUUAAUUGACUUUUUUUUAUCCAAUAAGGGAAACCAUUUUGUUUCGUAAAGUUCUAUAUUUGUAACUUUACAUGGUUAACAUCACAUAAUACGUGUGUGUAUAUCCUCUAUGUUCAUUUUGUGAUUGAUGAUUUGUUGUGUGAAAUUAGUUCCCUCUGAGACUCCCACUAAAAAGUCAUUUGCAGAAAAAUGAGACAGAAUAUUUUCGUAGACAUAAUAAUAGUAAAUGUAACUAUUUUGAAUUGCAAAAUAAUUCCCACGGUGACAAUUAUCUUUAGGGAGAAGAUAAUGAAGCCAAGAAAAGAAAAAACACAAAGGCUAAAGAGAGAGAGAGAGAGAAAAAGCUCCAAACUGCCUUAUGCAUAUUGUGACAUGUACUGAACGUUUGGAAAACCACUGUAAGUUUGCACCACUUUGUUUAUUCACCCAAAAAAAAAAAAAAAACAGAAGAAAGAAAACAAUGUAUUAGAUGCUAGAAAUCUGCGAUUUUACAUUCUUGAUGGUUUAUGUUUUGUCUUGUUUCUUGUGCCAUGUUCACACUGCCGUUAAAUAUGAAUUUACCCCUCACUUAAAGAAGUAACAACAGCAUUUUGAAACCAAAUUAAUGCAUGGGACAUUUAAAAGAAGAGUGAAAAUUUAAAUUUAAAAACCAUUUUCUCACCCUUAAGUUGUUCCAAACCUGUUUGCUUUUCUUUCUUAUGUCAGACAUAAAAGAUUUUAUGAAUAAAGUUGGGAACCAGACAAGUUGCCAAAAGCCAACGACUUCCAUGGUAUGAAAAAAAAACAAUAGUAUGUAUGUCAAUGGCUACCGUCAACUGUUGGUUACCAAUGGUUUGAUUACCAAUAUUCUUUAAAAUAUGUAUUAUCAGCAAAAAAAAUGAUGACAUGCUUAAUUUUAUGGUGAAAUGUCCCUUUAAGUAGCGACCGUUGCAUUUUAUUAAAUCUGCGUCAAAAAUAAUGGCAUCAAUGUCUGUUGUUUAUAAACGUAGUCUCUAUAGCGCAACGGUCGCUAAAUAACAUCCAGCCAUUUAGGGUUUACGAAAGACUCGUACACAUACUGAAUGAUAAUUCAGGUGAUUCAUUUCUUAUGUGAUGUUGUGUUUCCAAAACAUUGCAGUGUGAACGUGGCUGUUUUUGUGUGUGUGUGGAAAGGACUGUUCACUUUAGUUUGAUUCUGGCUGUUAUUCACUUCUGAACUGCACUCUGUCUCUCAUGUCCGGUUUUAUUGAGUAACUUAAUCUGUUAAAGUUGUGGUAAUUUCUUUGUGACUGUGUUGCACAUCCUCAACUUCCAGACAUCACAAUCAUCCUCACUCAUUAACAACCAUCGUUUGCCGUUGUUUUGUCUCAUUUCCUAACUCAAAAUUGCCAAAGAGGCUAGCUCAAGAUCCAUUUCACUCAUGCAAUCACAUCCUGUAACGUGAGCUUUGUGUAUUUUUGAAAUGCUGUCACAUUUUUUAUAUUUCAGAUUUAAUUAGCAGUCCUGUCUGGGCUCUGACAACUUGAUUGGGAUUUAAGCGCAUUCCCAUUUCUGAAUUCCAAUAUAUUUUUCCUUGUGUAGCUGACUCCACCUUUCAAGUUUCCGGACACCAAGGUGUGAAUUGAAGGGGACUCAGGUGAAACUUUAUGUGUGAGUCCAAAUGAGGAAGAAAUUGAGUGAGUAUGCGAGAGAGAGAAAGAGAAAUACAUAAUUAGCACUUAAUGGCUGUACCAAACAGACUGUCCAAAGUUGUUCCUAUUGCAAAAAUAAACUUGAAUAAGGACUCAGCCGAUAAACUGAUUUGCUGGUGAUGUGGAAAUGGAGGUAACAAAUCAUAUAAUAAAAUAUGAAUCAGCAUGAUAUUCAGUUUGACUGAAUCUCACAAAGCAAUGUCAUAUUUCACCCCAAAACCAAAAUAAGAGUUUUUGCCAAUGCAUCCUGUUUUCAGGACUGUGUAGAUGACAUUAUUAUCUAAACACAUGUUUGCACAAUAAUUAUGCAUUACAACUAAGAUGUACACUUACAAUUGUACUAUGUUAUCUUUUCUCAAUAUGAUCAUAAAGAUUUUGACCUGUAAUUUGCUUAAUUGUCAUGACAAAUGGGUCAAUGCAUGGUCCUAAAAAUAGGGUUUAUUUGCUUCUCAUUUAGUUUUGGGGUGAAAGGUGAACAUUUCUCAAGUUUUUCAUGAGAUUCACACAUUUAUGUCUUUAAAAAGCAAGCAGAACAUUUGAGUAAUCUCUGGAAAACUGGACUUCUCUUUCCUGAGCACUGUGUGAACAUUUUAGUGUUCAAUGUUUCCUCUUAAACUGUGGUUUAUUUUCAUAUGGAGAAGGACUUUGUGUGCGACAUUGGCAGAUUAUACCUAAAAAAAAAUUAUUAUGCAAAACAAGAGUUUUGAUCUUUUUGGACUCUGUACAUUGUUGAACUGCUUGUUGAAGAUUUGUGGCAUUUAAAACAAAAUUGGGUUCAGUUGUGAAUCGGAGAUGGAAACGUUACGGUUGAGAUUAAGUACUUUCAUGUAAAUCAGCAAAAAUAUUUUUACCUGUAUGUGAAGAAUCCAGCUAAAUUGAAAUCAAAUCAGUGGUUGAUGCAAUGAUCUUACUGUGAAAUAGCAAAGAUGUAGCAUACUUAGGCUAUUGAUUUGCCAUAUGAAAACUAAGAGCCGAAUUAAAUGUCACUUUAUGGCCACCUAUCACAAAGCUGUCUAGCAUCACAAUGAGUGUUUUAUUUUCUUUUUAUGGUUAGCAGGUUCCUUAAUUUAAUGGAAAAGAAAAUGGGCACAUAUAUGCUACAGUGGAAGAAAAAGAUUUACAGAAAAAAGGAAAAAAUGCAAACCCCUCAGGCAACACUUGUCCCUCGCUUUCUCUUUGAAUUCACUUGAAUUUCUUUUGAACUUCACAUAAUUUGAGCGAAUAUUGACAAACGAUUUAACACCAAUUAUGUUAGUAUCCUCUUUUUCUGGGUUGGGAAGAGUAUGAGGAUGUCAGAAACACACUAAGAUCAGGGCAGAUUGCUUGCACUUGACAACACAAGAUAAAAUACCACUGUUGGCCUAUGUAGAAGGUAAAGUAACUACAAUUAAAAGAUGUCUAAUAAAUGUACUUUUUGUCCUGAAUGUUCAUACUAUUCUGUAUGUUCAUUCCAUUUACUUAAGGAACAAUCACUAUCUCAAUGCCAUUGAACUAAUAAAUUCAAUAGACUUUU